GAAAGAGGAAAAAGGAAAAUGAGCGUAGGGGAAAAUGAGAUGGCUAUGAUUGAUACAGGGAAAAAAUCUCUGCUAAAUUACCAAUGAGAUCCCCCUCCAAGAUCAGCCCUUAUUUGAAAGCCAAUCCCUCCUCGAACCCCUAAUAACCCUAAUUUUGCGAAGAUGUCGAUUGAGAGGAGCUUCGAGCCUUGGGAGGAGAUGCAACGCCAUGGCCAAGACCUCGCAGACCGGCUCGCCCAAGGCUUCUCCGGCCUCAUUCAGUCGCCGAUGAGCCACACGUCUUUCGCAUGGCCUUCUCCUCCUUCGAAAUCUACCAACCCUUUCGAUGCCGAAGCUAUACUCGACAUCGGAAAUCGCCUCAGCCGUGCCGGCGCGGAGUUCGGCGCCAGUCUCAAUGGUGUCGUGCACCAGUUCUUCCGGUGGUUGCCGGCACCUUUCCGGCAAGAUGAUGGUGGCAUGGCUGGAAAUGAUCUGGCUUCUACUUUAAUGGAUGAAGCUGUUUUUGUGAGGCGAGGGGACAGCGAUGGUAUUACGUUGGUGGCGGAGCAGCUUGGCGAUUGCAGGUUGCCCGAUAAUUUGGCGGCAGGAAGGUUGCAGCUUUGCCCCGAUGAGGAGGGAUUUGAUUUGAGGGGUUCAGGACAUUUUGGGAGGCCGCAGAAUGGACUGCAUUCUUUAUGCCCAGCAUUAUGGUCAAAACAUAGGAGAUGGCUCUUAAUGUCAAUGCUCUGUCUCAAUCCACUUGCUUGUUCAUUCAUGGAUUUGCAGUUUCCUAAUGGACAGCUUACUUAUAUUGCCGGUGAAGGGUUUACUCACAGUGCUUUCCUUCCUGCAUUCGGUGGCUUGCUUCAAGCUCAAGGUCAAUAUCCCGGGGAAACAAAGCUCAGCUUCUCUUGCAAGAGCAAAUGUGGUACACGGAUAACCCCAAUGGUGCAGUGGCCUGAUAAGUCCUUCUCACUUGGACUUGUACAAACUCUUGCUUGGAAGAGAUCGGGUCUCAUGGUGAGACCGAGCAUCCAGCUCAGCCUGUGCCCGACUGUUGGCGGAAGCAAUCCCGGGCUGCGCGCAGAGCUGAUCCAAUCUCUGAAAGAGAAACUCAGCCUUAUCUGUGGAUUUUGUUGUGCUUCUCACUCUUCGGCAUUUGCUUCACUUGCUAUUGGGAGAUCAAAAUGGAAUGACAAUGUAGGGAGCUCCGGAAUAAUUAUCAGAUUGGAGACCCCUCUCAAUGGCGUUGCCAGGUCAUCUCUUUCAAUUCAGCUCAAUAGUGGUGUAGAGUUUUGAUGUUGCUGUGCAUUGUAAAGUUUGACUUUUGUACAUAUGUAAAAGCACUGAUAUUCAAUGCUUCUGAAAAAGAGGCAAAGAAACCAUACCUUGUGAAUGUAAAUUCCAAGUGUGUGAAAAACCUUUUGUUCAAGUUGGAGUAAGCCAUUGCUGUCUUAUCACUCUCACACACGCUCGUUAUUAUGUA